CCCCGAUUGAAUUAAAAUCAUUAUUUACUGUUUGCCAUUAUAAUUGCUGUUGUUGUUGUUAUUGCUGUUGUUAGCUGGUAACCAUGAAGCUUGUUGGUACUAUUGCGUUUGCAUGUGUGUAUUUGAAUGUUAUCGUUAAUGCUGGACCAAUACCCAAAUAUAUCCAUUUAUGUAAAAGAAAUGAUCCCGAAGUUGGAAAGUGCGUUAGGGCAUCCAUAGAAGUCUUGCGUCCCCAUUUGAAAUCAGGAAUACCUGAACUUGGUGUCCCAACGUUGGAACCUUUCCACAUCCCAAAAAUAGACAUAAUAAGAGGCCAGAACAGUAAUAAUUUCAGAGCAGGUCUUUCAAAUAUUGAUGUGUUUGGUGCCUCUGACUUCCAAAUAAAGAAACUCAAGUAAGUAAUACAUUUUUAUACGUAAUAAUUUGUUUCUAAACCAAAUAAUUGACAACAUAACCCAGGGUAUGUCAGGUUAUGGCGCGUAAAAGUUUGAGCCGCCCCCUGGGUUUUAUGGUCGUAUUUAUUAUACACGUGUAUAAUGUAAAUUAUUGUACAUUUAUCUUAUUUAUACUUGGAUUAUUGAUAUUCUAGGGUGGGCCAGGAGGGUUCUAGAAUGGGCCUGGCCCAUCUGCCACCUCCCUCCUUUACUAUGCUAAUUUUUUUUAUAGUAAAACGUUUGUUACCCUACUCUGGAAUUGAUUUUGUUCUGCAAUUAGAAAAAAUGAAAACUGGCAUCACUUUUUAUGAAAAAAUCGAAUAGACUCGGAAAUCGCACCUACAUUUACACCUGCCUUAUUUUUUUGGACAGCAUACAUUUUCUGCAAUAAAAGAAAAACAAACCGUCAAUAAGUCGUAAUAAUAAGACUGCACGUUAAGAACAGUUUUAACUUUACUAUUUCCAUUGUUGAAUAAUCUUUGAUAUCUAAAGCGAAACUUUUAAAUUGCUGUACCUGACUAAAUGUAAUUCAUAAUCGACAAAAUAACUUUUAGAAUUAUUUCCUUGCAUUCUAAAAGUAACUUUUUCCAAGUCCAUGCGUUUUAAUGAGGGAUUUAUACUCCAAUACUACAAUGGGUGUAAACCAUUUUAAUGUCCCAUAAAUUGUACAAAUAAUCCUCUGCAUUAAAACUGCAAUCGAUUAUAAUCAGGCAAUAAAUAUUUAUAUAAAGUAUGAGUAUCUAAACUUUCUGGCGAUAUUGUACACCUAAUCAAAUCAAAAACACAGGUACAUACUACAGACUAUCCGGUUAUAACUGGAAGGAAGUUGAAAAAAUUGGCUAUAUAAUGAUAAAAAAUCUUUUUAAUACUCGAUUUGUAACCAUUUUUUAUUACGUUAUUGUGAACCCACUUAGCCAGUAUGUUAGCUAGUAAAUAAAAGAGAACUUUGCGAAAACCGGGUAAAGGCAUCGACAUUAGAAGCCUAGAUAAGAAGGAUUUCAAAACAAUGCUACUUAUUCAAGUGUAAUAACGGGAGUAUUCUUUAGCCUCCUUAAACCCCCCCCCCUGUAAAUGUAUAAAAAGGCCGGACAAAUUGGUGACGGCUUUCUAGGUCAAUAGGAGAACUGAUGCUGUCUGAUUCGGGUCUAAAACCGUCGUCGGUUGGAUUUGCUUCCUAAUGUUUCGCUAGUGGCGAACUUCUUCAGAAUUCUUUCCAUCUCUGAUGCUGGAUUUAGACACCGCAGAAGGAAUUGAUUACUAAAGUUUCGCUGGCACGAGUGGCGAACUGUUUCAAAGAUCCUUCCAUCUCCGAUGCUGGAUAUGGACACCACAGAAGAAUGGAAAGACCUCUGAAAAAGCUCGCCACUUGUACUAUCAUUAGAAAAAGUCGUAAAAAUGUAGUCGAGGUUUAAAAAAAUAGUCUCUCGCUUGUUACGCCAGGAUAGCCUGGCUGACAUGAGUGUCAAAAAUCAGGGUGGCAAUCGCAUCAACCCGACCAGCAAGGGGAUUCGUCCGUCAAACAUCCGACCAGUAAUGGAGACUGAAUACCCAGGGGCACUACGUAGAAGAUCUUCCUGCCUACCCAGCCGUCUGAAGUUGCACUCGUAGUGAUACUGGUUACACCCCGCAUGCUGG